AUGUGGGGCUCUUGGAGACGGCCGAGCUUGGUGGACGCCGUCGAGGAGCGAAAUCUCCUCUCCGCCGCUUACGAAAACGUGAUCGGCGCUCGCCAUGCCUCGUGGAGGAUCAUCUCCUCGAUCGAGCAGAAGGAAGAGAGCCGCGGCAACGUUGACCACAUCAACACGAUCCACGAUUACAAGACGAAGAUCGAGUCGGAGCUAUCCGGGAUCUGCGACGGGAUCCUCAAGCUGCUCGAAUCUACGCUCAUCCCUUCCGGCGACUCCAAGGUCUUCUACCUCAAGAUGAAGGGCGAUUACUUCAGGUACUUGGCCGAGUUUAAGAUCGGCGCCGAGAGAGAAGCCGCCGCCGAUAGCACCCUCUCUGCCUACGAGUCUGCUCAGGAAGAUGAAGUGAUUUUUGGUGCGAGGAAGAUUGAAGCGUGA